CACGGCACGUAAAGACUACUAUUAUGAUGGAAACAGAGAACGCAGACAAACAAGAUAAUAUCUCACUUUGAAAGAGUCUGUUAAUAAAUUGAACGAUUAAACUUUGAAUAUCAUUUAAAUGAUAAGUUGGAACCUAGAAACUUGAGAAUAAACCUUAACCCUUACCUUGCUAAAUUUCUAUAAUGGACUUGUCCAUCUUUCAAUAUGGACAGUACCGUUAACUGGUAAAAGGAGUGCAUACCAUAAAGAUACUGACCGAAUGGCUAAGAGUGCAGAUCAUGAUCAAACUGCACGGAUAUACAGGCUGAUCUUGAUCUGCACUGAUCGCAAAGGCAGAGUCAUUCGUGUCCAGCACGAUAAGGGUUAACUUCUCGGCCACAGGGAAGCUUUGAUACACAUCUACUUGUAAGGUUUUCAAUAAAUACAAUUUUUAAAACAACAGCAAGAACAGAUCAGAUAUCAGUACAAUUAUCUGUUGUCGUAUUGUAUCUCACAACAGAAAGAAAAUUAAGUAAAACAAAUAAAUGUACCAACAAAACGCAUAAACAAUUUUUAGGAUGUAUUUUGGUGUUAUAAGGUGCUUUAAUCAUUAUUAUUUCAUUUAUCGCUUAAAAUUAAUAAAGUGAGAGAGGAAUAACAUGUAUUUUGUCUAUGAAAACGUAUCAUACAAUAAUAAAUCAAUAUAUAGGGUUUCGAUUUUAAGACUUUGGAAUAUGAUUUCCCUAAAAAAUCUUACUUUUUGUGUCUUCUUAAGUUUUGUAUUGUAUCGAUAAGGCAUGAGAAUUCUAUUUCAAAGAUCUUCUCUUUUCCUUCAUUUAUCACUUGCUGAGUAAUGCGAUAAAGAGAAGAAAUUGAUAAUUUCUUUAACAUUUUCAUGUAGCAUGUAAACAGUACCUGCCCUAUGCAGGAAAAGUUACUGUGCAGAGGUAACCUCGAUACUUAUGCGUAUUGCAGGGCAAACAGACAUUCCUUGAAACAUUGCUCUAGUGUAAUGUGAGCUAGAGUAUUUCAAAGAAGAUGGUCAAAUAACUCAAUAAACGACCAACUGGAGUUCGUAGUGGUAUAAAAUCGAUGAAAACAUGAUCCACACAGCAGGUGCGCGUGACGUAUAUACAGAUCAUUGGUUAGUUAAGCAAACUUUAGUUUCAGAAUUACAAUAUCAAAACUUAUAAAUAUCAAGCUGAAGUGGAAGAAGUGCCAGUGUUGCAUUAAAGAAGACAUGGGUAAAGGGCGCGGAAUGUAGAAAUUAAAUAUAUUCGAUCUGAAUGUAGUAAUUAUUUGUGGGCUUAGUUAGCAGAAACUAAAGGAAUUUUAUUUUUAAAUUAGAUGAUUUGUAUGUGUUAAGUUAUUCGUGCAAGUAUUUGUUAUUUUGAAUCGGAAAUUCCAUUUGUCACAUAUAAGCAGUUCAUUAAAGAAUAUAAUUUAUGCAAGUAUCUGUGAUGUUGAAUUGGUCAUUAAAAUUGUCUGUGAAAUUGCUUAAAUCUUAUACAUAGAGACAAAUUUAUCUGAACUUAAAUGCUAGUUUUGAGAACAUUUGUGAAGUCUUUUUCUGAAUCUUUUACGCAUUUAUCAAGACAAUUGUCGCUUAAUUUAUAACGAAUGAUUCUUGACAAAUUUAGUGAUAGUAAAUCUAAAAAUUCUUUGAGGUUUACCUGAAACAUCACUUGUAUGAUGAAAUAAAAUCAUGAUGGGAAUGCCUAAGUGGCUAUACGUGUGUUUUACUUUAAUGACAUAUGUACAUAUUCGCGAAUAUGUCGUAACUAUGCAAAAUGUAAAAUACAUCGCAGUGUCAGAAAUGUUGUCAUCAGUCGCAACAAUGUCUGUUCCCUCUAAAUUGUCUUGUGGAGUCGUGUGCGAAGAAAAUGAUGAAUGUGUCUCGUUUAGUUAUAAUAACGCAACUGAAAUAUGUCAGUUGAGUGAUAAAGAUCCAAUGAUGGCACCAGUGGAAGUUGUAGCAAGUAAUGGAAGCACUUUGUAUCAUCUUAAAGGAUGCGAAGAAGGUUGGGACGUUUACAAACGCAAGUGCUAUUUGUUCUCAUAUACGUCGCUCACUUGGGAAUCUUCUAAGUCAUACUGCGAGUCCCUAGGUACUAGCCUGGUAAAGGUUGAAAGUGACGACGAACAUCAGUUUAUUCGACACAAGUUACAAAUAAUAGGUUAUUCAAGCGGGUUCUCCUGGAUCGGAGCACGCUAUAAUGAAUCAGCUGGGGAACAUCGCUGGAUUGAUGGCACUGAAAUAUCGUUCAAUGGUUGGCCUGCUGGAGAACCGGGAACAUCGAAAGGCUGCGUUGAUUAUUUGGAUUUUCUUGAGGCAGGUGGCUGGUUAUGGAAUUCGCACUGGAACUGCAUCGGUGACGUUGGACCUUGCAUUUGUGAAAAAGGUAUAAAUAGUGUAAUGGUGCAACGAUAUACUCGAUUGGCGCUAAGAAAUGCGCUAAAGGAAGACGGCAUUGUCGUCUGCUGUAGCAGGAGUAUAUCUGCAAUAGACCAAACAGAUGAUAACGAGUCGACAAGGAAGUUAUAA